AUGGCAAUGAACUUGGAAAACCUUAUCGAACGCCCCUUCGUGAAGUUCUCUCCUAGUUUAUGGGGUGAUUAUGGCUUCCAUUCAUCCUCCAUCGACGAUCAGGUUGCUGAAGCAUAUGCAAAAGAGAUUGAGAUUUUGAAGGAACAAACAAGGGCUACGCUCUUGCAGACCAUUGCUACUGGAAGCAGCAGUGAUGUGGCAGAGAAAUUAAGAUUCAUCAACUUGCUGGAAUGCCUUGGAAUAUCAUAUCACUUUGAGAAAGAGAUUGAUGAUCAACUCCAACAUAUUUAUACCCACACCGGCCCUGUUCACUUUGUUGACGGAAAUGGGAAGUUCAGAGACACUUCUGAUGUGAAGGGUCUGCUGAGCCUGUACGAAGCUUCGUACGUGAGAACACGCAGUGACCAAGUUUUAGAAGGCGCGACCGCUUUUGCGGCGACACGUCUCCGAUCUGAAGUACCAAAUCUAAGACCCAACAGCACUUUAGAAAAGCUGGUGACGCACGCCCUGGAUCAGCCAUUUCACACCGGUAUACCCAGAGUGGAAACGCGCUUUUUCAUUUCGGUGUACCAAGAAGAAGAGAAGUCGUCCAGGAACGAUGAGUUGCUCCGCUUUGCCAAAUUGGAUUUUAAUUUGCUGCAGAUGUUGCACAAGCAAGAGCUCUGUGAAGUCUCCAGGUGGUGGAAAGAUUUGGACUUUGUGACAAUACUUCCUUAUGCCAGAGAUAGAGCUGUUGAAUGUUAUUUUUGGGCACUAGGAGUAUACUUUCAGCCUCAGUAUUCUAAGGCUAGAGUCAUGCUGGCCAAAAAUAUUUCAAUUGUGGAUGACACAUUUGAUGCUUAUGGUACCAUUGAAGAAUUAGAGGUCUACACAGAUGCCAUACAAAGGUGGAACAUUAACGAAAUAAAUCGCCUGCCAAACUAUAUGAAAAUUAGCUAUAAAGUUGUGUUAGACCUUUAUGAGAACGAUGAAAAGGACCUUUCAAAGGAAGGAAGAUCAUAUGCCGUUCAACAUGGAAGGGAACGGAUGAAGGAACUUGUGAGAUGCUACUUUACUGAAUCCAAAUGGUUUAGUAAUGAAGGACACCAGCCUGCAUUUGCUGAAUACCUAAAAAACGCAUUCGCUACUUCCGCUUACUAUUUGCUGUCCACAAUAUCUUGCUAUACGUUGAAGUCAGCUGAUGAGCAAGCAUUCAAUUGGCUAAUGAAAAAUCCUAAAAUUCUUGAAGCAGGCGUCACGAUAUGCAGACUCAUCGACGACAUAGCCACCUUUGAUGUCGAAAAAGAUAGAGGGCAAGUUACCACUGGUAUUGAGUGUUACAUGAAGGAAUAUAGCCUAUCACUAAAAAAGACAAUGGAAAAGUUUCAAGAAUUGGCUGAUCUUGCAUUAAAAGAUUUGAAUGAGGGACUUCUUCAAUCAACGCCUGUAUCUACUGAGAUUCUCUUAGGCAUUUUCAACCUUACUUGCAUUAUUUUUGUCACAUACCAGCACAAUCAAGAUGGGUAUACUUGUCCUGAAAAGGUUUUGAAGCCUCACAUUAUUGCCCUACUCUAGAUCCGGUGCCACUCUAGUUAUCCAUUAA